AUGACUGCCCCCAACAGCGCCGAGGCCAAUGGUCACACGACCAUCAGACGACCACUACCAUGUGGUAUCUAUGCUCCCACUAUGACCUUUUUCGAUCCCGAGACCGAAGAGCUCGAUAUCCCUACUAUCAAAAAGCAUGCCGAACGUUUAGUUAAAGAUGGACUAGCUGGCUUGGUCACUAUGGGUUCCAACGGGGAAGCUAUUCACUGCACACGCGAUGAAAAGGUAGCUGUGACACGUGCCACCAGAGAAGCUCUGGAUGCCGCGGGUUUCACUACAACACCAAUCAUCGUCGGAGCUACGGAGGGUAGCGUAAAGGGGACCAUCGAACUCUGCAAGGAGUCUGCAGCAGCUGGCGGGGAUUACGUAUUACUACUACCCCCAAGCUACUUUCGUGCGCAAAUGGACGAGGAGGCUAUAGUCGGUUAUUUUACCGCCGUAGCAGACGGGAGUCCAUUACCAAUUGUCUUAUACAACUACCCCGGCGCAGUUGCCGGCAUCGAUAUGGACUCGGAUCUCCUCAUCAAGCUUGCCGAACACCCCAAUAUAAUUGGAACAAAGUUCACAUGCGGCAGCACUGGCAAACUUACUCGUGUAGCAUUGGCCACCAAUGCGAAGACCCCUACCUCGGAAGGUAGUGGAUAUAUGGCGUUCGGUGGCAUAUGUGACUUCACAGUCCAGACACUGGUAUCGGGAGGAAGCGGAAUUAUCGCAGGCGGUGCAAAUGUCAUGCCCAAGCUUUGCGUCAAGGUAUGGAAUCUAUACGCCGAAGGGAAGAUAGACGAGGCCAUUGCGUUGCAAAAGGUGCUCUCACGGGGUGACUGGUUCUUGACCAAGGCGGCGAUCGCGGGAACGAAGCAAGCGAUUCAGUCCUAUUUCGGUUACGGCGGUUACCCCCGGCGCCCGCUCAAACGUCUCGAGAAGGCCAGAAUCGAGUCCAUAGCGGAGGGAAUAAGGGAAGCGAUGGAAGUCGAAAAGUCAUUGUAA